CCGGCGAUCGCCUGUGCGCUGUGUCCCUCGGACACAGCGUAUCACGUAAAGAGCCGAAGAUGUCGGCUCGGUCAUGUGAUCAGCUGUGUCCAAUCACAGCUGAUCACAUGGGACAUGUACACUGAUCAUCAGGGCACUGAUGAUCAGUGUGCCCUGAUGAUCAGUGUGGCCCCAAAAGUGCCACCUGUCAGUGUCCAUCAGUGCCAGCAGUCAGAGCUCAUCAGUGCCACGUGCCACUGCCCAUCAGUGCCACAUCAAUGCAUACCAGUGCACAUUAAAGCCACAUAUCAGUGCCCAUCUGAGCUGCCUUUCAAUGUCACCCAUCAGUGCCAGUCAGUGCCACCUAUCAAUGCCUAUCAGUGCCACCUAUUAGUGCUGCCAAUCAGU